UUCACUCCAUCACAUAAAGCGCGCGCCUGAACAUCACACACAGUCCGGCGAUGUUUUUGCGCCACUACGUGAUUUUUGGACUAUAACACUAAAGUUUGGCUUCUGGAGCACUGGUUCCCGUCCUCUUCUUCAAAGCUAUUUUGAUGUUACCUACAGAAAUCUCAGGAGGAGUGUGUUUCAGCGCUAGUCAGCACUCCAAAGAAGGAAGAAACGGAAUGAAAACAGAAGAAAACCAAUCAUGUCUUCAGCAGGCCCCCUCCACCACACCUUACGAGCAUGUGGGAGCAGGUGAGGUGUGUGCAGGGUGCGAGUCUCCCAUCGCGGACCGCUUCCUCCUGCGCGUCAAUGAACUGUCCUGGCAUGAGACGUGUGUCAAGUGUGCAGUGUGUCGCAGCGCGCUGAGCGGGACCUGCUACUGUCGGGAUCGCUUGCUGUACUGCAAGCAUGAUUACGAGAAGUUGUUUGUGCGGAAGUGCAGUGCCUGUCUGCAGGCGAUCGGCCGCUCGGAGCUCAUCAUGCGUGUGCUGGGACAGGUGUACCACCUGGGCUGCUUCAGCUGCUGCGAGUGUGAGCGCCGGCUGCAGAGAGGUGAUGAGUUUGUGCUAAAGGAGGGACAGCUGCUCUGCAGGGGAGACUAUGAGAAAGAGAGAGAGAUGCUGGCUGCCAUCAGCCCGGCCCCUACCGAUUCAGUAAAGAGUGAGGAUGAGGAUGGUGGCGGUGUCUCUGUUGGUGGGAAGGCUGGGGAUGAUGGGAAGGAGCACAAGAGAUCCAAGAGACCACGUACCAUCCUGACCACACAACAGCGGCGCGCCUUCAAGGCUUCCUUUGAGGUGUCUUCCAAACCCUGCCGAAAGGUCAGAGAAACUCUUGCAGCUGAGACUGGACUGACGGUGAGAGUCGUGCAGGUGUGGUUCCAAAACCAGAGAGCAAAGAUAAAGAAGAUCGCUCGCAGACAGCAGCAGCAGCAGCAGCAGCAGCAGCAGCAAGAACAGGAGCAGAUGGGCGGGACCAGGAGGGGUCCGAGCAGGGGGGGGCGCCAGAGUAACGAUGACAGCGAGGAUGGCUCCAGCAGUCAUGGACUGGACGGACUGCUCUCAUAUUCCUCUCUGCCACGCCAACAACUGCUGGCUUUGGAUCCCAACAUAUACGGUAGCGAGCAGUUCCGGCACGGGCUCACGCCACCACAGCUAGGCCCCGAGCAGAUGCACUCCUAUGACUCGGUUUUCCAUGACUUGGACAGCGAUGGAAGCCUCAGUCAUCUCGGAGACUGUCUCUUGUCGACCGCCGACGGUGGAGUUCUGGCAGGGCGGAUAGGAAACCCCAUCGAUCGCCUCUACUCCAUGCAAAACUCCUACUUUACCUCAUGACCCUGGUUCCAUGUGCUCCUCCACCGCUGCAGGGGGCCACACAGAGAUUGAGUCUCACUGCAGGCGUCUUUCAUCAUCAAAACUAAUUGAAUCCCUCAAUCGUAUCUUAGUCGUGCCAGUAAAGCCCUUACCUACCAAACCAAGACAGGAUCACACCCUGAAGAUUAAAUUUAACACUUGAAAAAGGCGGGUUUUAACAAGUGGCUAAAUGGGACAACUGGGUCCAAAUAGUUGCUUUAAUAGCCUCAAUGAGUUUAUAAUCACUAACUUUUAGGGAAAUUGUUUUUUUUUUCAUAAAAAGUGUGCUCAUUUGUGAAGAUUAUCAUUAUGAUCAACAUGUAUGAUCCAUAUACUUUUGUUGAUCACGGAGUUUAUUUACUGCAAUUAAGAAUUUUUUUUUUUUUUAAGGAACCAGGGUGAUGCAAUUUCCCUGGAUUUCCCUGCAAAUCAUCACUGCAGCUCUGGGACAGAGAUUCUGUCCACUGUGGUUGUGAACACCCCUACAAAUGGCUGUCCCCUCAGAUAAUACAGUUUGUAAGGAUAAAGGGGUGAUUUCAGACACAGCCCAAGUCAGUUUCACAAGUCAUAUCACUCUCUCCUUUCCUUGCCAUCUUUAUGUCCGUCUUGAAUAGGAAUCAGCUUUUGUUUAAACCUAACAUGAAAACCAAAAGAUUCUAGCAUGGUGCGAAAGUCAAAUGUACAUUAGUAUUUAUUGUAAAGAAACAAUGUUUAUUAAAGGUGCACUCAGUUUUUGUAUGUUGAGCUGACCUAUAUAGCAGAUGCUUUGGACUUACGCUGACACCUACUGGUGUGGAUGUAGCAUCACUCAAACACAAAAGCAAGGUUGUUAUAUUAAAUUAAAACUAAAGCAUAAAAAAAGGUUUUCAUUACUUUAAAUAAAUACAUGUUUAUUGGAUUUUAUUUUUAUGUUUUUUUUCCUCCAUGUAGUUGCCAAGCCAACAUUUCUCAUUUUCAUUUACUUUAACUUGAUGUACUAAAAUAGCUAAAACAAAUGAAAGUUAAUUAUAUAGACAUAAACUAAUAAAAGUGUGGGGGGGGGGGCACACAACUAAAUUACUACAACUUU